AUGAUGAUGUGUGAGAGCGAUAACGAAAGUGAGAACAAUUCGUCGGCUCACAUUUCUGUUUUUGAGCAACGCGCAUACAUUAAAAUCGAAACGAUUCGUGGUAAAACAGUGCCUGAAAUUCAUGCCGCAUUAAAUGAAGUGUGUGGAACGGAUACUGUGGAUCGUAGUACGGUGCAAAGAUGGCGUCAGCGAUUCCGUGAUGGUCGUAUAAGUAUUGAUAACAACCCUCGCUCUGGCCGACCCUCUACGGUUACUCAAGACAACACUAACGCGGCUAUUCUCGCAACUCUACUUGAUGAAGACCGACGAAUAACGGUAAGAGAGAUAGAGAAUGAAACAGGUAUUUCAAAAUCAAGUGUUCACCGCAUUUUAACGGAAAUUCUACAGAAACGAAAGAUUGCAGCACGUUGGGUGCCUCAUUUUCUGUCACCGGAACAGAAGGAUACACGCAAAGACAUCUGCCGUGAACUCCUUUCUCGCUACGAAAAUGAAAAAGAAACGUUUCUUGAUCGUAUAAUUGCAAUAGAUGAGACUUGGAUCCGUGAUUUUGAAUCUCAAAGCAAUAUUUGGAAGGGAAUAACAUCACCAAGAGCAAAAAAAGUUCGUCGCCAGCAAACAAAGGUGAAACAAAUGAUGAUUUUUGCUUACGAUAAACUUGGGAUAAUUGUCACUGAUCGAAUUCCAAUUGGCAGUAGUGUAA